UUCGGUCGCCUCCCUUUCGCACCAUGGCGCUCCUCCUUACCGCGACCGCGGCAAGCGCGGCAAGCGCGGCAACCCCAUCCCUUCGCAGUGGUGUUUCUUUGGCGCCGCCGCGGCGCCUGAAGAAUCCCUUCAUGGCACUGAGUGACGACUUGGAUUCAGCGUCGGAGGAGACGAAAGCGCCACAUCAGUUGAAGGGCAUGCUGUAUGUUGCGUUGCUGCCCUGGCUCGGGCUGGGGAUCUGCUUGUUGGGCUUCCCGGUGCUCUGGUGGAACGAGCGGAGGGCCACGGGCCGUCGGAAAGCCCCAGCUGCCCCAGCUGCCCCAGCCGCUGCUGCAGGCACUUCAACGGUGAAAGGCACUCCAACCAACGAGGAAGCGAAAGGUGAGGCGACCGUGCAGGGCCAAGCAGUCGGUGCUUCCGGUGCUUCCGAAGGCCAGUCCUUGCUUCAUCCCGAAAAGGCCUACGAAUCCGCCGUGGAAAGUUUUGAGGAGAGGCACUGUGGCUAUCGUUGCUGCCGCAUGGUCAAGAGCUGCUUCGAGCAGAUGCCAGAGCUGGAGGGCACCGGCGAUGCACGGACUGUCUGCUUCCGACUGCUCGGCACCAUGAUGAUCUUCGUUGGCGUGGACAUGAUGCUCAGCCCCACGUACUUCCUGCUGCAUUCCCUGUGGUUUUUUGGCUUCAUCAUCGCUGGGCAUUUGGCGCUGUGCGUCUGCAAGUUUUCGUGUUUGUCGAGUUGCUGCACCAUGUUGACCAGCUAUCUGAUCCACCGCCCUGCCUUGAUGGCCCUACUGGGAUUCAGCGUGCUGAGCGUCACCGGUUUGUCCCUCUAUUACAACGUGCCCGUUCAUGGUGCUGCGCGAUAAUCCAGAUCUUUGGUUUCUGGCUCGGAUUUCCGGGCUUUCCGUGUGAUCCAGAAGAACUAGUAUCCCAAAAGACUACAAGCAAUGGAGAGAAAGAUGUGUUGAGGUACGAAAUUCGGGGUGAAGAAUGUCACCCACUUUUUUGGGCAAAAAUUGGUGCCCACCAAGCACCAUCUGCAGCCAGUUUUUCUUCUUUUAAUGUCAUGGCGGUCGGACAGAAGAUCCGAGAAAAUUGCUGGGUUUUGGCAGCAGCGAAAACGGAGACAACA